GUAUUUCGACUCUCUCUCUCUCUCUCUCUCUCUCUCUGGAACGCCUUUUUGAGUGGUGUGGUGCGAGCGAGCUCUCUAUCUGAUUCGCAAUCUCUCUCUCUCUCUCUCUCUCUCUGGUGGAUUCGCUUCGCAAGACAGAACCACUCGAGGCUUAUCAGCGGGAGUUAUCGUGGCGAUCUGUUUAAGAAGAAGUGGAAGAAGCGGAACAGUAUGCGGUGGUGGACUCACUCGAUAGACGUUUUCCGAAAAGCCAUCUGUCUGAACCUGUUCUGUAGGGUUAUUCUGUAAUUACUCGCUUGCCCAUACUUCGAGAUUUGAUUUCCUCGUCUUCCCUGUUAGUCACUGCCAUCGUUUCCCCAUGGGAUCCACUUUCUUCGUCGUCGUCCCUUGCUACGUCCGCCAGAUUAGCUGAAAUUACUCGUAGAUCCAUCUGUGAAACUACUAGCGUCUUUUCCUUCGCUGCCAGCAAUUGGACGAAUCUCUGUUUCUUAUUUUGGGUUCCUUAGUUCCUUGAUCUUCUGUUAGUGCCUCUGUUUGGACCCGGAAGUGCUCUGUGCGUGCUCAGGCUUUUCUGACCAUCUAUCGUCGUCCUCGUUGUUCCUUGAGAUCUUUGGUUUUGUUUCCUGUGUCCUGGGUGUUGAUUCUGUUGCUCUUCUGGAAGAUUAAAAGGAGUUCAAACUUCUUGAGUGACGGGUUGGGAAGUGUAGUUAUGGUGUGCCAAGCAGCAAGCCAAACGAGAUUCCGGGCAUUGAAACAUGAAAACGGGAUUGCUGGGAAUGCUACCAUUAUUGUUAGAGUGAUAGCGUGCUUUCAACCUCUUCAAGAUUGCCAGGCUGAAUACUUUCGUCAUUUGCUUAAACCUGUUACGUAGGUUUAUUUCGCUCCUUCGUGUUCCUCUUAAGCUGGUGUUCUUAGUUUUUUCCUCUCGUUUCCCGAUCAAAUAGCAAGCAAUCAGCCACUUCUAAUAUUACAAGGUCAACAGGUGAUUGGUUUUGUUGGAUGGAAGAAGACGGUGGAUUCCCGCAGCAACACUCUGCUUGGCAAUUGCCUAAGUCAGAUUUGCCAAAUUUCCAAUUCAAUUUGGGGUAUCCAGGUCUCAUCUCAGCCCAGAAAAGUGGUGGCCAGAAAAUGGUUCCUUCCGAUCAAGUCUUACCACUGGAUGUUUUUUCUGGACUACCUCAUCCUCGGAUAAGCCAAUCUUAUGAACCUCAAGGUUGGUUUUAUUGCUUGCCGCGCUUCCGGCAGGCUUCGGCCCCACCUUCGGACAAUUUGGUUCUAGAAGACAAGCUCCCUGCUACCACUUUUGAAAAAUGGAGGGAUUUCAGCAUGCCUAAUGCGGGCUCUAUCAGUUUGCAGAAGAAAUUUGUUGUUUUUGAUCGAUCGGGUGAUCAAACCACUUUGAUUUACAGUACUGGGAAGGGAGUUCCUACCGAGUGCUUGCCUACCUGGACUACAAAACAUCUUUUUCCUAGAAGUGCUGUCAACAAUGUUGCAGGGAGCAACAACGCUGAUCACGAUAAUCAUUUUGGGCCUCCAUUGAUGGAGAGAAUACAUGAAAACCCAGAAACUGAUGUGCAAAGCGAGAUGCGGGAAGAUACAGAAGAACUCAAUGCCUUGCUCUAUUCAGAUGAUGAUACUGACUACUCCGACGGUGACGACGACGAAGUUACUAGUACUGGCCAUUCACCCAGUACGAUGACAGAUCAUGAGAGACGUGGUUUGUCUGAAGAAAGUAAUGAGGAAGUAGCUAGUUCAAUUUGGCCGUUUAAGAGGCAAAGGACUUCCUGUGGAGAUGAUCAGCUGCCGUCUCUUAUGGACACUGCAAAAUCUUAUCUGCGCGAGUCUAUUGGGUCUGAGGAUGAUGCUAAAUCCAGUAGUGCUGAUGGCAAAAAGUACGCGCAUGACUUGGUUUCUAUAUCUGGCGACAAGAAGAUAAAAAGGGAGAGAAUCCGUGAGACUGUCAACGUUCUGCAAAGCAUAGUUCCCAGUGGGAAGGGGAAGAACGCCAUCGUGAUUCUUGAUGAAGCCAUCAACUACUUGAAAUCCUUGAAGCGCAAAGCUGAAGCUCUUGGGCUCACCCCGUAAAUCCGUAUGUUUCUACCAGUGGUCUGUCUCUUUUACAAGUAGUCCUACGUACCUGUUUCUGUUUAAUUAACCGUGAAUGUGAUGUUUAGUGUGUGCAAAAUAAGUUCGAAGACGAGGUGUUCGAACACAUGGCCUUGUGCAUAUGGCAAAACCAAAAGGGUCUCUCUAUAGUGAUUGGUGUGGAGGUUCUGAAGCUGUGUGGAACACAGAAAUUGUUCUCACUCUCUAGACUGGAGCAUUUUGCGUGAGCAGAAGAGCACCAUUUGCUGUCCCAGCAAAAGGUUGAAUCAUCAUUAGUCUAUAUUUUAGGGUUUAGUGAAAGGACUCAAAAGUUUGGACUGAGCAAAGAAGUUGGAUGUGUGAAUGAGCAGACCAAGUGAAGAGGGGAUUUGCACGCCUCUUAUUGUCCUGGGUCCCAACCCUCACUUUCUCUCACCCUUUUCCCGAACUUAGUGCUGUUUUAUCCUUUGUGGGUCAUUCCCUUUUUGUGUAAAAGAGAGAGUGAGAGAGAGAUUUCUCCAUCCCCACUUGAACCCCUUUUAUCAUGCUAAAAUCCCCCCUUUGGGAGAUGGUUACUUCCAUGCACAAGUCACAAACCCACCCCAGAGGAGAGGAUGACUCGGAGUUCUUUCCGGUGCUUUUGCUUUUCGCUGUUAGUGGUUGCUGCGAUUUGGUGAAAGUGGGUUGUAAUUAUGCAAAGCUUUGGUGGGUAGAGAAGGCAUGUUUUGCUAUUAUGUUGCGUUGCGCUGUGGUGUAACUUUUGAGUCUUUUUGCUUUCGUGAAAACUCUCUGCUGGUGUGAAAUGUCAAAAAGGCGUGCUCUGUGGUUU